GGAGUAUAUGUAGGCAAUGUGCUUGAAAACACAUGUUUUCCACAUGCUCUAUUUUAUUUAGGUCACGUUGAUGAUUUCUUUAUUUAUAUUUUUUCAUUAUUAUUAUUUAUUUAUUUAUUGUGCUGUUUUCCCGUCGUUCGUAUCAUCUCUAUAAAUCCACUUUUUGAUGGAUCCCCAUUUAAUUGCUGAAAUAUUUCCCGGUCUUCCUCCGCUUCUCAGAAACUUCACUCUUGUUCUUAUUUCUAAGUUUUUUUUUUUCUAAAUUGAAUAUUCUGUUUUAAUUACUCACCAUUUCUGGUUUUUCUCACAUAUGGAAUUCAUUUAACAUUGUUGUGCCAUUCAACCAAUUUUUUUCCCAAAAGAUUUUAUUGUUAUUUCUGGAAAUGGUUUUGCAUGAGAAAAGUUAGGAGGAAGAAGAAGAGUUGAUAAAAUAUAGAAGAGAUUAAAAAUGAAGGAGGGUUGCCAUAGCCUUGACCUGGAUCUUCAACUGUCCUCUCCUUCAGCCACAGCUUCUUCCGGUCAAUCUUCCGAUUUCCGGGACCCAACAGUGUGAGUUUUCCGAUCAAAACUUCUCAUCUUUUCAACACUUAGUUGUCUUUCAUCUGAACUUUUUCUUUUUUCUUUUUUUUUGGUUUGUUUGCAAUUUGGUGGUUGAUCUUGUUGGCCACAACCAUAAGAAUAUACAUAUCCCUUUUGGAAACUGUUGUUAGAUUUUGAAUGGCCUUUGACAUCCGAUAAAAUUGAAACGAUACAGGAAAAUAAAAUGUUACAAGCAGCGGAAGGUUAGGAUUUGUAAAAUUUGAGUAUGAAUUUUUCUCUGAUAAUUAAAGGUUGAGUAUGAAGUUGGAAAUAACAAAAUAUGAAGUUUUGGUCAACUAGAUACUAGAUAACAAGUGUGUUUUCUUUCUUUUCUUUUUAUUUUAUAUUAUUUUUUAGAGUGAAAAAUGAGUACUACCUAAAAAGGAAAAUGGUGACAUUUGGUGCAGGGUAAUUUUAGGGUACAAAUUAUUAUGUUAGAAAUUUCUCAGAUUUGGGAAGUUAUAUAUGCUUGUUUAUCAACUUCAUAUUGUAGGUCAGACUGUUCAACUAUUUGGCUAAAGGAUUGCAUGUUUCUUGAAACUAAAUCAAUGGAUUGGUUAACUUGUACUUGAUAACCAAGGAAUUUGUUACGCUGAAUUUAAUCCAUUGUUUACCAAAAACCUUAAUCAAAGUGGAGUCAAUUAAUGAAAAGAAAACUUGAUUUGAAAAUUUUAUUUGAAAUUUAUUUAUGUAUUAUUACUCAACAAAGAAGGCAAAUCACUUUGGAAAGGUUUCCUUAAUUUCCUAGAAUUGCAUGCAUAAUUAGGUCUCAAUAUGUUUGGAUACAGGCCUAAUUACCAAUUUGCAAAAGACAACGAGUUUGCACUAUCAACAGAGCUUAGCAUGAGACCACCAGUAAGCGCUUGUGAUGCUAGUGAACUUCAGGCAAGAGUCAUCCUUUGGCUUGCUAGAAGAGAAAUGGAAGACAAGCUGAACCAGAAAACGGGAAAACCAUCAAUGCAAGUUCGUUUAAUCCAUGGACCUUAUGAUGGCAUGUCAUUGAAGAAAUCACUGCGUGUGUUCCUUCAGAAGAGAAGAGACAGGAUUCAAUCAUGUCUUCUUUACAAACAAAGAAUGAUGAAUGAUGGAAAUUUGAAUGACUCCAAGAUAGGAGACAAGUAACAAGGUUUUCAUUAUAAAAAUCCAACCUUUAUGAACCAGUUAUUCAUCGUCCCAAAAAGAUUGUUCUACUUGUUGUACAAUUAUUGUGGGAGUACAAUAAUUUGAUCAAAGUGAGUAAAAGGUAGACUUUAUUUUUUUCCUUUCUUUCUUUCAUUUCAGAACAAUAUUUUUUUUAAUUUAUUUACAUGCUCAAAAAACAUCGACAUGUGUAAAAGGCGGGAUUGAUUACAGAGUCUGAGAUUCAAAUACGUUUCGAUGAAUCUAAAAUUAAAUGAUGCUUUUAAUUAUUUA